CCACCGCGUGCAGCGCUGCCUUCGGUCAUGGCCGCGCACCGUCAGGGCACCGAGUUCGAUCUCAGCUGGAUCUCCAGGGCGCAGGUGAAUCAGCCCGCCGUCCUGCGGCGCGCCGAGCAGGUCCAGGCCCGCCGAGCGGUGAAGAAGGCGUGGCAGGCUGCAUGGCUCUUGAAAGCUGUUACUUUUAUAGAUCUCACUACACUUUCUGGUGACGAUACAUCCUCCAACAUUCAGCGGCUCUGCUACAAAGCCAAAUAUCCAAUCCGAGAAGAUCUCUUAAAAGCUUUAAAUAUGCAUGAUAAAGGCAUUACUACAGCUGCUGUGUGCGUUUAUCCUGCCCGGGUGUGUGACGCCGUGAAGGCUCUAAAGGCUGCAGGUUGUGACAUCCCUGUGGCAUCAGUGGCCACUGGCUUUCCAGCAGGACAGACUCAUCUGAAAACAAGGCUGGAAGAGAUCAGACUGGCCGUGGAAGAUGGGGCUAGGGAAAUCGACGUGGUGAUUAACAGAACCCUGGUGCUGACGGGCCAGUGGGAAGCCUUGUAUGAUGAGAUCCGCCAGUUUCGCAAGGCCUCCGGGGACGCUCGUGUCAAGACCAUCUUAGCCACCGGAGAGCUGGGCUCCCUCACAAACGUCUAUAAAGCCAGCCUGGUAGCCAUGAUGGCCGGAUCAGACUUUAUUAAGACAUCUACUGGAAAAGAAACAGUAAAUGCCACCUUGCCAGUAGCCAUAGUCAUGCUACGGGCCAUUAGAGAUUUCUUCUGGAAGACUGGAACCAAGGUCGGCUUUAAGCCCGCAGGAGGCAUCCGCACCGCCAAGGACGCCCUAGUGUGGCUCUCGCUCGUCAAGGAGGAGCUGGGCGAUGAGUGGCUGACGCCCGAACUCUUCCGGAUAGGUGCCAGCUCGCUCCUGUCAGACAUCGAGAGGCAGAUUUACCAUCAUGUGACUGGAAGAUACGCGGCUUACCAUGACCUUCCAAUGUCUUAAAUCAGGAAACAGCUCCAGGGAGAAGUUGUGUGCAACAAAUGAAAAUUAAUUUUUGCAUAAUUGCCAAGAUUAUAUAAUGUAAAAAUAAGGGGAUCGGUAACAAGCUGAUUUUUUGCCUUAAAUUUUCCACUAAACUCAGAGAAUGAAAGGGGAAAAAAAAAAAAACUAAUCCACAUGCAGUACUCAUUCUGGGCACAUCUGAAAUGGUCUUAGUGAAUAGCAGAUAUACACUUGGUAUUACUUUUUGUUAAAGUUUUCCCCGAGAAACUGACUAAAAUGUGCAUGCACGCUUGGGCCACAUCCAAUUCUAAGGGAAAAACAAGUGAAACCACCCAAGAAGUGUGCGGCAUGACAAGACACAUCAUGCCUUCGCAGCUGGCGCGGAGGUCAGGAGCUGCUGGCUCUGCACCGUUUCCUGUCGCGGGCACGUGCCUUUAGUCUUUGCCCUGGCUGUGCUCCUAGUAAUUGUUCUGUGAAUGAGAUUUCUGGCAUAUGCGGAACUGUCAAGACCGUUGAAUUCUUCAAGUACAAAAGUCCCUGUGUUGCUGUAUUCACUAGGUUUUCGGAAGACAGGCUCUCUAUGUAGUCUAGCCUGGCCUGAACUUUCAAAUCCUCCUGCCUCAGCCUCCAAAGUUCUGAGAUUACAGGUGUGUAUCUUACCUAACCCGACUGUUUAUUUUUUGAAAACAAAAACAUCUUAAAUAAUAACAGUUCAUUGUAGAGUUAUUCAUUGAGCAUUGAGAGAUGUUUGAUCAACAGCUCCCUGAAUAGUAAGUUCCUUGGACAUUUAUCUCAGAUAAAGUACCUCAGAACAUUAUUGAUGAAUAAAUUAUGUGUGUAUGUCAUGAAAUUCAAGAUUUUCUGGUAUAGUGAAUAAAAGAAAAACAAUAAGCACUAACAUAGCA